AUGCCGGCGAGUAUCACAACGAGAUUACCGUUUAGUAGAACCAGCUCCAGCUCUGCCGACGACGAGUUUGCAACACUGCUGCUACCGCCGCAAACCACCCCCUUCACACCGUCGCAUAAUGCGGACUGCACGCUCUCCGUCUACUGCAAGGACCUGACGUACGCCGACGGUGCGAUCCAUCUGCGGUCGGGUCUCGCCUGCCAGGCGGUUAACGUGUUGGGGAGGGCGAAGAUAUGGUACGAACCGAGAUGUUUCCCGGAUGGAUACUUUACGCUCUUCAACAACAUGUACAAGGAAAUUGACGAGGGAAUGGGGACGGCCGCGGCCCUCGAAGAGCCCCGGUGGUCGACGUUGGCGUACCCCGGGUCCGCCUGCCUGGACGACUGGACUACGGCCUGCGUGACGGCCGUCACGGACGGGGUUUCGCAGUAUUCGCAGGCAUGGUGCUGUCCGCGAGGCUCGUGGACUUGCGUGUCAAGCGGAAACGACGCCGGCCCCUCGGUUCGCAGCGGGCGAUAUUGUGCGAGUGUUAUGGGCAUGAGCUCAACGGAGGUGUGGAUGGUCUGGGAUCCGCCGUACACGGAACCCGAGGGGAACGGACAGUAUUCUACCUGGACGGCGGUUAUCGGUGGAGCGCCUGCAGAAUAUGCCGCCACCGUCUACCACGAGGUCUUCCCACUGCAGUUAGCCGUGACGUCUAGCGUAUCCGACAUGCCCAGCAGUACCAACACGAGUCAAGAGCCAGGCGGGAAUUCCAACUCCGUUUCUGUUCUCUUCGGGGGCGUGGUAGUGGGAAUAGCAAUAGGCACAGCGCUCGGUGUCCUAGGAGCGCUGUGCGGAGCCAUCUUCCUCUACCGCCGCAGACGAAAGAGGAGGGCUGGUCACAAUAAUAGUGGCGGUCCCGGACCAAGUCCGCAGCUUGACGAAACCGCGGCAGAUAAGCCAGAGCCCGAAGGAGGCUCUGCAGCGCAAGCGAAAGAGACGACGCAGAUAGCAGAGCUCGACGCGGGAGCUUCGAGGUCGGAGUUAAAUGGUUCUGGGAUCGAAUUGCGGUGCGCAACUGUCAGUCCAUUGAGCAGUUUCGGUCCGGAUCCGAUAGGAAGCGAUGGGAUUUCUCCCUCAACCGACUCGCGACAUAACACCGUCUUCGAGAUGUCGGGGUAG